UUUGUUCCCUUCAGUGUACAUGUUUCAUCCCUGAAAGAACGGUUGUAUGCAUAAGAUUCACAAUAUUUUUUCUUAUAAGUUUCUGAAUAGUUAUGAAAUUUAUGGCAGGUUCAGAGAUCUUCAUUAGGAAGAUCCUCAUUUUUCUCAUAUUACUAGAAGUGUGAGAUGCUGAUGAUAUCUGUGUUAUAAUUGCACGCAUAUAUCUCACUCAUGGCUAAAGGUCCCCGCUGUAAGAACAUUGGUGACCAUUUCAUUCCUAUACGUGCUGGAAACAAGUGGCAGAUUAAAUUUGCCAUGAGCACAAAGAAUGCUGGAGGCUAUCAUAAGAAAUUUUUGUACCCUUCCCUGCUGAAGAAUGAACUUCUAGGUGCCAAAAUUGAAGAUGUUAGAGGCCAGUAUGGUGAGAGAAGGGCAUUGGCCCCACUCAAGGGAUCAAAUCUCUUUCAGUACAUCGUACCAAAUAGGAGUGGUGACACAUCAUCACUAGCUUGCUAUUCUUUGUCACCAGUUAGUGCAGAAAGCCAGAAGCUGCUUACAUCUGCAAGAAAAGUAGCACAGAAAAUAUCGCCAAUGCCCUUCAAGGUGAUGGCUGCUCCUGAGCUACAGGAUGACUUCUACUGUAGUCUUGUGGAUUGGUCCUCACAGAAUAUAGUGAGUGUGGGAUUAGAGCGCUGUGUGUAUCUUUGGUCAGCCUGCUCAGGCAAAGUCACAAGGUUGCUUGAUUUAUCUGAAGAUGGCAACUCAGUAACCUCAGUUGCAUUUAAUAAGCAGGGAAAUCUUCUAGCUGUUGGAUCAACAUAUGGUGGUGUGCAGGUCUGGGAUACUGUUGUAAAUAGACAACUUAAAAUGAUGCAAGGCCAUGCAGGAAGAGUGGGUACCCUUGCUUGGAAUGGAAAUAUUCUGUCAUCAGGGAGUCAGGAUACCUUUAUUUUACAACAUGAUAUGAGAAUGCCUAGUCUUGUUGCUGAAAGAAGAUUAGUAGGUCAUCAGGAAGAGGUUUGUGGCUUGAAAUGGUCUCCUGAUAAUAAAUAUCUGGCCUCUGGGGGCGGUGACAACUGCCUGUUUGUUUGGGAUUUGCAUUCCCUCUCACCUCUUCAGAAGUACACCAGGCAUUUGUCAGCAGUGAAAGCUGUUGCAUGGUCCCCACAUCAUCAUGGGAUCUUGGCUAGUGGUGGCGGUGUAGAUGAUCAGUGUCUUCAUUUCUGGAACACACUCACAGGCGAGCUAGUCAAGUGCAUUAACACUGGCUCUCAAAUCACCAAUCUGGCCUGGUCAAAAUUUUCCUCUCCAUUGGUCAGCACCCAUGGCUUCCCAGAUAAUCAUAUAUGUGUGUGGAAUUAUCCCAGCCUAAGACAGCUUACAAAGCUCACCGGGCACUCAUUCAGAGUUCUCCACCUGGCAGUAUCUCCUAAUGGGUAAACAAUUGUAACUGCCGAUGGGGAUGGGACUAUUUGUUUCUGGGUUGUGUUCAGCAAAGCUCAUUCGCAGAAGGAGAAUAGAUCCUGCCUGAAUCUCUUCUUGGGCAUCCGAUGAGGGGCUUGUAGAUGGAACGUUAAUGUGAAGCCAAAUCCUUCAGCUUUUUCUUGUUAUCACACAAUAAAAGAUACUUAUAUUUAUUUUUGUUUAUGUUCUGUUCAUUGUACAUUGAUUUUAUUAAAUUAUUUGUUGUAUUUGAUAAUUUAUAAUGUAUCAUAGACAUUUUGAAGCGUCCACCUUGGAGUGUUAAUAAAUUAUAUUCUCAACUACACAUGACUUGUUAUUUAUUGCAUAAAGAUGUAGGUUAAUUUGUUAAAGCUAUUAAACUAAGGGGAGGCUAGGUAAGGAGAUAUUACUUGGUGUUUUAAUGUGGUAAAUCUUCUGUUAAAUUAGAACUGAGAUUAUGCAAGUAACAUACUAAAAAAAGCUGGUGCAUCAAUGAUAUGUCUGCAGGUAAGUAAUCAAUUUCAGUCAGAUUUCCCUCGGUCAUUGUCUGAAUAGUAUGUUGAAAUAAGACAGAGCUGUUUCCUCAUCUGUCUUCUUUAUAUGAGCAUGCAUUGCUAUAGGUAAUAUGGCCUAGCCUCUGUAGUUGAAUAAUUAUCAAAUCUCUAAAGGGAGUAAAUUCGGCUUGUGUAUGGACUUUCUUCUACAGGUACUCACUGUGUGGGUUGUUGCCUUUCUGCCUCUACCAGUGUAGUGAUAUGAGACCAGAGCUAUAGUGCAGAGUAAAUGUAACUGGUCACUUAAAUUAAUUAAUUUCUCAGAAUUAAUUGUAUCUUUAUAAAAAAACAGGACCCAUAAUGUUUUUCAUCACAUGACACACAACGUUUAUAUUGUGGAGUGGAAAUUGCUGUGUAUGAUAUGGAUUUCUUGUGCUUCAGUAUCUUUUGUUUUCUGUGAUCACACGUCAGUGCAAAUAAAAUAUGAAAUAUGUCAAACUGAGGAUGAAGUUGUCCACCAUGAACUGACUGAAGAUGAUAGUUGCUGAAUCAUGUGUAACUGUGAAGUGUGCAAACUAAGGUUUUGUAAGAUCACAGUUUUAUUUAUUUAUUCGUGUCCCCUCUAUUCUUGCAAGAUUCCCUUUGUAUUUGAUGUGGAUACAGUAUUUACAUUAGAUCAUCCAGUGGUUUCUAUGAAUAUUAUGUGAAGUAUAAAUCCAUUAGAAGUGU